AUGGCGUCCUUCAAGCAGCUCUUCUCGGCGGCGCCGGCGCGCGCCUUCGACGACCUCGUCUCGGGUCCGCGGCUAGCGUUCUACGGCUUCAUCAUGUUUGGGCCUGGCACCAUGGUCGGCCUGUACCUCCACAGCGUCAAGAUCGAGAUGGAGAGCGAGAACGAGGCGGCGCGGCUGGUCAUGCUCGCCAAGGCGCGCGCAGAAGUCGAGAUCGAAGACAGCAAGGAGGCCCAGCGGAAAGCAGAGCUCGCAGCCAUGGCCGCCAAGAUUGACACGCUCCAAGCACGGCUGCGUUCGAUGGAAAUUGCCGUCUUGGGCGAUGCCACACCCGAGACGCCCUUGAGCACAGACGCGGCUGCACCAAAAAGCAACGACGCAAAGCAAGACACUGAGGUCUCGGAAGUUACUCGCGAGGCGCCUGCGACGUGGAGCGUUGCCGCGCUCUGGGUCCGCCUGCGCGAGAUGUGGGACGAAGAAGACGAGGUGACGUGGGAUGACUUGUUCUCGCUCGAGUCGUGGGAAACGUCCUGGAAAGAGUUUUAUGCCAAGCUCGUCAACGACAGUGAUGGCAAGGCAACGCCGUUGCACAUCGAUGACCUCUGGGCCACCCUCGCCGACGUGACGUCGCCCUCGUCACUUGACGCAGCACCCGACGCGCUGCGUGCCAAAGCCGCGUCGAUCCUAGCCGGUCCCAAGCCAACAUCCCCUGAAAGCUUGCCAACAACGCGAGAAAGUAUGAGCUUCAUGGAGACUGCACAGGAGCUGCUGCAAACCUCGUGGGCAAUGCUCUGGGACGACAAGCGCGCGGCGCCAAGCCCCGAGGACGUGGACCGCAUGGCCGAAGAGGCGGCUUUUGAAGAAAAAGUCCUUGCUCGGUUCCACAAGUCGGAUAUCUCAAAGCGCAAGCUCGAGCAAGAGUCGGUGUUUCAAGCCCAGGACCUUCGCACGGCGCGAGAUUCGCGGCCGUAG